CAUGCUUAUGUCAUGAUAAAAAUGGACCGCCCCGACCGACACUGUUAUCGAUAAGUUCAGAAUUGGAACUUCUGGUUCCUGCUCCCUUCAGUUCUCUCUACCUACUAAGUACCUUACCUACCUAGGUAAUAAUCUAGGUAUCGCUCCCCAAUUCAAGACAACCCCGUGAAUUUACUUCACGCCGCAUUACGAGCAACGUUUGGUUUGUACAGAAACGCAGACGAAGCUUGAGCGUCCGAUCCUUAUUGCUUACACCUGCAUUUCAACGCGAUUUCUUUCCCCAUUGCUCCUUACCAUUCACGCAGACAAGUGUUGACCAUCCUUUUCACUCUACAUGCUUGAUGACCCAUCAAGCCAGUUGUUUCUUUCUGUGCCUCUCGUUCUGACUCAUCGCUGCUAUUCAGUAGCGCGUCAGAUGAGGGAUGGUUAUCCCAGAGAAUCAAGGGGCCGGCGCCUCUGGUUCAGCCGUCACCCCGGGAGCACCAAUAGCCAGUGGUAGAAGCGAGGCCGACGUGCACAUGGCAGAUGAUCUGGAUUAUGAACCCUCAGAGGCCUCUAGCCAUGACCCUGCAGCGGCUCUGCUCGAUGCCAUCUCCCAGCCAUCGAAAAAAAGGCACCAGUCAAUGGAUUGCAAGGCUGUUCAGCAAACUAAGAAAGCUAAGCUUGAUAAAGCCCAUCUUCCAGGCCCGGCGGCUCAGAGUCCUGUGAAGGAUCGAGCCAAGCAGCUUCCGGAACAGAUAUGGCAACAUAUCUUCACUCUUGUACCACCCAGUGACCUGGGUCGUUUGUUGGCUGUCAACAAACUAUUCCAUGCCUUUCUUAGCCCCCCUUCCACUCAUCCCCAAGUAUGUUAUGAUGAUGUACCGUCAUCCUUUCCUUUACUGAAGCCAGAUACAAUCUGGCAAGCUUCAAGAAGACUGUUUUGGCCGCGUAUGCCUGCACCCCUAAAAGGGAAAUCGGAGAUUCAGAUGUGGCGUCUUGUUUGUUCUGUGUCUUGCCAACUCUGUGAUUUGCGGAGCCAGAGAAAGCUACCAUCUUCGAACAACGAAGCUUGGUGUCGUGGUCCAGGUCCAAGUGACGUCUGUCCCAUUUUCCCCUUUGGUGUCUUCGCGUGCGGAAAUUGCCUGAAGAAAAAGGGCAUCAAGGAACUAGAACUUCUCUUGUCUUCUUCAUUUCCAUCUGUUCUGCUCCCAGCUCUUCCUCCAGUGCUUGUGGAUGCCGAUAUGCAUGUUAUACAUCCCCGUGUCAUACAAGCAGGGACUGUGCCGCCACACAUCCAGGUUACGAAACUCUUCUGGUCGGAGCAUGUUGAACAAAUCAAGCUGGAAUUCGAAAAUGUCAAGGCACUUGGAUCUGCUGCUGCCGAAGAGUGGAUAAAAGGUCUAGAGAUCAGAGGAAAGCAGGCUCUAGCUGAUGCCUCUCGUUGGGAAAAAUGGGCCAGUACAGGUGGGAUGGCUCAGUUUCAAGCACCAAAGACUGCUGCCAAAGCAGAAGCUCCAUUCUCAUUUACGCCUCUGGCUCUUUCAGCACCCAUUGGUAAGGCUUCAUCAGAUCCCGCUCAAUCAAUAAUGCCAUCGGAGGCUAAUCUCCGUCUCUUACACACUUCGGUUCAGCAAAAACGGACGAAGGAGGAGGCAGCUCACCUUAAGGCUCAAAGGCGGGCCGACAUUGAGAAUCGAGCCAUGCUACUUGAUCCUCCGUUGACUGCAAAUGUUCUAGCUCAUAUUCCAUCCUUCCAGGCAGCACUCCAAAUCAUCACGCCGCUUGAUGAUCACGCAUGGGAACUCUUGAAGCCCCGUCUUCUCGCUCAGAGGGUAGAAGCGGAGCUGCGAGAGAAGCAAAGUUAUAGCAACCUCCGAAAACUUGAAGACAAGCUUCCAACAAUGGAGGCUGAUGAAAAGCCCGCUAGUGAACCAAGAGAAGUUACAGACCAGGAAUGGGAUGAUAUUCAGGGGCCUGUUCGAGCGCGCAUAUCGGAAUAUGCAGACGAAAUCAUCGAAGGAUGGAACAACGGCGCCAAGGUUAAGAGAAAGAACUGUCCGCAAUAUGCCGCUGACGUGCUGCUGUACGUUCGUAAGAGGUUCUAUGCCGAAGUCACAAAGGACACUGCUGCCACAAUCGCGGCAGGGAAGAAGCCGAUAGUCGAGCCCCCCGGGGGGCCCUGGACUCAACGGUUGACAUUAGAGAACAUGAAGUGGGUCUUUGAUGUCAAAAUCAAACCACGCACUGAGCCUAUGCGCAAGGAGUUGUUUCUUUGUAACAGCUGCCUCGGUGUGAAUGGAGUCUUGAAAUUCUUUGGGUUCGAGGGUGUACUUCAACACUAUGCAGCCAAGCACACAGUUGCUCUCAGUCUGGGAAACAUUGUCGUGCACUGGAGAGCGGAGUGGCCAGAAGUGCCUCCUUUUAGUCCUGACCCUCUCACCAAAGAGAAAGCCUAUCAUGACAACGAGCCACGGAGCGCACUCGCGUCAAAUGCCCUAAUUCAACAAAGCUAUUCUGCCUUUCAACCGGAUACACCAGCAGGAUAUCCUCUGCCUGUUUACGGCGCAGAAGCACCGCAAUUCUCGUUCUACAGUUCCAGACCUCCAAUCUUUCCUAUACCUGCAUAUGGGCAAGGUUCAGCCCAUACCCACGGCCCAUCUUACUCAACGACAACAUAUUACGAUCCUGCAACAUAUUCUUCGUACCCAGGACCAUUUUCUUCGGGGAUGACACAUAUCUCUCAAAGACAAUUGAACAGCUACACAAGACCUCAAGUUCUUAACCCUUCCGACGGUGCAUCAUAUCCCAACUACUACGAUAGCAAUAGCAUCGCCUCAGUCAACAGCAUUCGUCAACACCAACACGAAAAAUUCGUCAGGGGCACACAAUCUGUCUGGUCAAAGGUUGGGCAUCAUAAGAAGAUCCCACCUGCCGUCAGGGCUUACGUCGCCAUUUACCAUGCCAACAAAGUGUUCGAGGAGUCUGAGAGUGAGAGCCUACCGUUGUCGCUGUUCAUUGAAGCUACAUCGAAAAACAAGAAAUUACGCAGUCUGAGGGCUCUCAAUGGAGUUUCUUGCAAGGUGUGCAACGACGGCAACAUCUUCCACGUACCUCAACUCGCCAGACAUUUCGAAAUAGAGCAUGUCGAAAAGCCCCGGAGUCAAGGACGAGCACAUAUGGAUUGGCGAACAGAAAUGAUAAAAAUGCCUGAAAGCGAGCGAAUGGCUGGACUGGAAAUCAAGACUCGGGGAGACUCUGUCUUGUACACUCUUGUCAAGGAGGCUCUUCCCUGGGCAUUCGAACAAGCCUUCAUAGACAAAUAUGCUUUGAAGCCUGUGCAAACAACGCUCAAUAACAUUCCACCUCCGCAAGUGUCAGUGCAGACGCCAGCUCAGAUAUUCACGGCUGUGCCAAACAAUCGGUCAAGGGAAGAACACCAGCAAAGUGAUGUCGGGCAUGUGAUAGAACAAGCACAGCAGUCAGGUUAUGCGGAUCUGGGAAGUCAGUCUCUGGCAUCAAGUCGACUGGAUCUGCGUUUUCCCUCACAUAUCGAGUCUGAGCCAGACAUACCACAUCUUCGUCCUGCAAGCGAGGUUUAUGGUCGAAAGAUGGUCGCGGCUAGACAGAAACAGGGGAAGCCUGGAUCCCAAGCCGCCGAUAGUGCUUCAACGUUUGGCGACUACUCGCCACCGUACUUCGAAAAGCCUCAAGAUUCACGUAGCCAAAGCAACAAGGUUGACGUCGAAGUCGAGACUGGGCAGGAAGUCACCACCUAUCAUGUUUCAUAUCCCACAGGGCCGCAGAACAAGGCUCAUUGGCGCGAAGAAAAAUCAUCCGAUUACCGUGACGUCCGAGAACAGCGUUACUCAGGCCCAGAACCAGCUAGUCCUCGUAACAGAAGCGCCUCGGUUGGCGACCGGCCUCAGGACCGUCCUCCGUUAGUGGCCCUCUCGACCGCUGCAGCACCUAGCUACGCGGAGGUCGAAAGAGGGGGGCGUGAAGAACCUCAUGUGGCCCAUAACCCCCAUAUGGUUGAAGAGGAGGUCAUAUACGUUGAUGAAUCCGGACGGGAGAUCGGAAGAGGUCUCAGAGCCCGAAAUACCCUUCCGCAGGAAUCCAGAUAUGGCCCGGUCAACACUGAAAGGUUUGGCGAACAUACCCGACCCUCACCCUCAUGGUCUAACAACCAUAGCCAAUUCUAUCAUAGAGAACCUAUCCCGCGGUCUCAAUAUGCACCACAAGAGCACCACUUCGAUUCUCCAUCUGGUUCUGAUCAUUUCUAUCAUAAUUGUCACAGUACUCGUCCUCCACUAGAGCUUUCAGACGCAUACAAAGUCGUUGAGACUCAUCAUCCGGACGGCAACUACUUCAUCAGGCGCCCUGUACGGCAGGCUGGUAGAUCAUACCAUGCCUAUGAGACUAGACAGCCACGACCAGAGCAGAGCAUGUUCCCUCAACGAGAGAUAGCUCAAGGCUUUUCGGGUUACAACUUGAGUUAUGAGGCAGAUCCUUAUAUUCGGAGUCGAUCUACUUUUAUGACUAAUUAUAACAACAACCCACGAUAUCCGUCUGGUGUAGCAAGGGGGACACCAGCGGACCAUGGGAGCCAGCGAUGAUUUACUCAAUAUACUUCGGCGCCGUAAUGGGGGGAAUGGCACCAACUAAUUAGUGCCGAUUCGUGUAUACAUAUCUAUAUAUGCAAGCUGCAACACCAUGUGUAUAAUGUCUUUCUUCAUUUAAAGUCAGUCCCUUCCUCAAGCAGUUCAGAGAACGUAUUCAUCGUUUGACAGAUAUUAUAAAAGUAGUACAUUGUGUGUAUUUUGCUAGGACGACGAGCCGAGUUUGGUUUGCCUUUUUUUUUACAUACAUACAUCCAUACAUACAAGCCCUCCUCUUGUAUUCCGAUCCGUCUUCUCGUCAGAGCCAUUAUCAGGAACUAAAGCUGAGUCUGGCCGCAAUUCCAAUGCCAGUUGGUGAUGUACAAGAUAAGAGGGAAAACGAUGAUAAUGAAAAGAACAAUAUUACAACACUCUUUUCUUCUCUCGUUUCUCUCCUUCAUUCUGCUUCUCAUGCUCUGCUCCAUUGAGGAGCAGAGCA